CAAAAGAGGAAAGAAAGAAGGGAGAUUCGUUUCUUUCGUUGCGGAGGAGCAACUUCGAGACCAAACGCAGACGCUCCGACCUCCUCUCCCGACUCCAUCAUGGAGCCUAACCCUAAACCUAAUCACGGGAUCUCCGCCUACUACCAGACGCGGGCGGAGCACCACGCCAUCAUCAGCGGCGACUGGCUGUCACAGGCCCAGGCUGCGGCCGCCGCUGGUCACCCUCCCGAGGAACCGCCUGCCUCGGCCGCCGCCUCGAAGCCCUUCAGCGUCAUCGAUGAGUUCAACCACUGGCGUAGGAAGCCCGACCUCGCCGAGGCCGUCGCCGCCAUCAUGGCCCUCGUCGCCGGUAUCCGCUCCAGCGACGCGACCACCAUGAUGGAGCUCGAGAUUGAACUUAAGAAGGCGUCAGACGCGCUAAAGUCAUGGGACACAACUUCUAUAUCAUUAUCAGCUGGUUGUGAUCUGUUCAUGCGGUACGUAACCCGAACUUCCGCUCUUGAAUAUGAUGACUUUCAUGCUGCAAAGCUUCGGUUGAUUGAACGAGGGGAGAAAUUUGGAGAGAUUUCCUUGAAGGCACGCCGGACGAUUGCAAUGCUUGGUCAAGAUUUUAUAUUUGAUGGUUGCACAAUUUUAGUUCAUGGCUUUUCAAGAGUAGUCUUGGAAGUUCUGAAGCUGGCAGCAUCAAAUAGAAAACUCUUCAGAGUCUUUUGCACAGAGGGAAGGCCGGAUAAAACAGGAUUAAGGUUAUCGAAAGAACUUGCAACACUAGGAAUUCCUGUUAAGCUUCUAAUUGAUUCAGCGGUGGCCUAUGCAAUGGAUGAGGUUGACAUGGUACUUGUUGGGGCUGAUGGAGUUGUUGAAAGUGGUGGUGUUAUCAACAUGAUGGGAACAUAUCAAACUGCAUUAGUUGCUCACAGCAUGAACAAACCUGUUUAUGUGGCUGCUGAAAGUUACAAGUUUGCGCGGUUAUAUCCCUUGGAUCAGAAGGACCUAGAACCUGCUCUGCGCCUGAUAGAAUUUGGUGUUCCCAUCCCAGCGGGUGUCGAGAUCGAAAAAUCCGCAAGGGAUUACACCCCACCUCAGUACCUUACGCUGCUUUUCACUGACCUCGGAGUUCUGACACCGUCUGUCGUGAGCGAUGAACUUAUUCAACUCUACCUCUGACUUCUGCUCAAUUGAUUAUUUGGUUGAGCUAAGCCUAAGCAAUAAUACUUCAAGCUGCUGAAGAAAAGGGCAAAUCUACCUGUUCAUCCUCCAAAUAACUAUAGUAACUUCACUGGGAAUGCAGGUUUAAAGACUCCUAUAUGCUCUUUCUGAGCAAAAGGAGAUUCACUGAUUUUAUAGUUCCAAGUUUUGAAUUUUUGUUUUCUUCAGCAUUCAUGCCAUUAUGAUAACUUGUUGCCUGUUGUGACUUCAUGAUGGUAGAAAUUGAGAAUAAUUUGUGGAAA